GUUGACAUGUCGAAGAUAAAAUUGGAUGUAAUCAAACCUUGGAUUCAAGACAAAAUCACAGAAAUCUUGAAGAUCGACGACGAUGUGGUCGUAGAUUUUGUUUAUAAUCAACUUGACGAGAAGUAGCUUCUAGAGACCUUCAGUAAAUUGUCCAUACUGCAACGCGUUUGGGUGAUGUCUUCAGUGCCAUCAUCUAAGCUGAGCAGUCGAGGACCGUCAUUGUGCCUGUUCCAGCAGACAUCAAAUCAACAGCACUGCAGGUUCAGACUCCUCUCAAGCUGCAUAGGAAGAAUACACGCUGAAACAGCAUCCGCAGGGCCAAACAUCUCUCAGCCUACCUUCAUCUCCUGGAACAUCACUCAACUGUUACCUGCUUUCGGUUAACAGCACCAAGAAUGAACCUUUGCUUGCAAAUUAUUCAAAUUUGCGAAGAACGAAAUAAGAAGAGAGAAGACCCAUACAAGUUAGUCACCAUCACGGAUCAACUACACCAUACCAAGCAGUCGUCUACUUCAUCCAAUCAAUCAACAAUUCCUGCCACAUCUGUAUAGAUUGCAAGAUCCUGCAUUGAAAUCUUUGCUGGUACCAACUGCCACCCGACCUUCAAAGCGGAAGUAUGGACAGUUGUGCCCACAACGCAAACAUUGGCCAUCGGAAUUGUAUCCCGAUCCGAAGAAGAUACAAAUUAAUCUGACCGGCUUCCUGCAUGGGAAAAAUGCUCGAGAGUUUAUGGCGGAGCUGUGGAAGUUGCUGAUAUCGGCGCAGGAAAAUCCGACUGGCAUACCGGAUUCCUUGCUGGAAUUAAAAAAGGAGGAGCUGCUAAAGAAGCGCGAUAAAGAGGACAAAGAGCGUGACAAAGAAAGAGAGAAGGAUAGGGAUAAGUUAGAUAAGGAGAAAAAAUAUAAAGAUAGAGAUCGCGAUAGAUCACGAUCGCGAAGAUCACGGUCGAGGUCUAGACAGCGUCGACGAUCUUUGGAAAAGGUGAAAGAGCUUGAUCGUGUUAAGGAACCUGAAAAGUUGAAGGACAGGCGAUCGCAAACUAAAAGUAUUGACAAAAUGAAGAUGGAUAGUAAUGAAGAAAAUGGCAAUGUGAGCCCAAGCGACAAAGGCGACAAAGUCAAUGAGGAUAGGGAGAAGAAUGGAAGGUCUAGUUCGGCCAAGUCGGACAACGCUCCAAGCCUAAAACAUCACGAUACUGUUCAGUCCGUAUCAAAAUUGCAAGCAAAGCUAAUGUCAAUGUCGGGAAGCAACGCCAGGAAGUCGGCUUCGAGUUCGCGUUCAAGAUCCAACUCACGAUCUCGAAGCAAAUCUCGAUCGCGUUCAAAGUCACACAGCAAAUCUAGAUCGAAGUCCAAAUCGAGGUCUUCAAGUCGUUCUCGCCGAUCCAAGUCUAUUUCGAAGGGCCGUGACAUCCACGCGCGGAUCAAGGAAGCAAAGGAAAAGAAACGAUCGCGAUCGUCAUCCGGUUCCAAAAGUGACUUCGAAAUUCACAAGAAGGAGAACAGUGUUCAGAAGAAGCGUCAUUAUCGCUCUAACAAAGACACGUCUGACAGUGAUAUCGAUAAUGACAAACUUAAGAAACGAAAAUCGAUUUCUAGAUCGCCUAAACGUAAAAAAAGUGUCGACAGACUUGUGAAGCGAAAACGAAGUUUAUCGCGCAGACGCAGUUAUUCUAAAAGGAGUACAAGUCGUAAAAGGAGUCUUUCAAGAAAACGAAGUCCUUCCAGGGGUAGGCGUAGUUUAAGCAGACGGCGGCGCAGCCCUUCCCGAACGAGAUACAGCGCCACGCGACGACGUAGCGGUCGCAGCAUGUCCCGAAGACGAAGUCAAAGCAGGAGAAGACGAAGCUACAGUAGGAAGCGCAGUCCAAGUAGGCGAAGAAGCAUUAGCAGGCGUAGAAGUCGCAGAAGCAGGAGCCGUCGCAGUCCAAGCAGGCGCAGGCGUAGUCUUAGUCGCAGGAGAAGCAGAGAUAGACCAAUACGUCGAAGUCGUAGCAGAGGCAGAAAUUUCCCCAGACCGUCACGUGACAAUCGCCGUUCACGAUCUAAGGAGCGCCGUUCGAUGGAGAAAGGAAGACCUUCGAAGGAUAGAAUAAAUAUCCCGAGAGGCUCUAUUGUCCGCGCAAAAUCGAGAGAGAAACCCAUACCGAAACCGAGCCCUAGUCCUGUGCGACGGACCGAACGUAAGGAAAUCCCUGACGAAUCGAGAGAAAAGAAACCGUUAGUUAAAAAAGUAGAAAGUAAAAAAAUAGUUGAGUCGCGCAAAACUGACGAUUUACAUAAAAUUGACGAAGUCCGCAAAAUCGAUAAAAAGCUGGAAAAAAUUGAGGAAAAGCGCAAAAGUAGUGCGUCCGAUAUCCAUGCGAUUAGCGAAACAUCUAAAACUAAAGAAAAGAAAAAGUCUAAAUCUAGAAGUAGAAGUGCGGAUAAACAAAGACUUAUUCCGCCUUACGGGCCCCCUAGAUAUUCUAGAAGUUUAUCACGAACUCCCUCGCCAUUUAUAAAAGCCAAUGAAUUCCCGCCAAAGUCUGCGAAAGUAUCAUCCGCCAGCGCCAAAGAUGAAAUCAAGAAAUCGAAAGAUGUCAAAGAGAAAUCUGAUAGCAAAAUUGAAGCUAAAGUUAAAAAAGUCACAAAAAAGAAAAGCGAGUCGGAUACAGAUUCAAGCAGCUCUGAAAGUGAGCCGGUUCGGGAGAAAGAGAGCAGGAAAAAGGUACGAACUAAGAAGCGAUCUAAGAAACGCGAAACAAGCAGUAGUGAAAGCGAGGUUGAAGUUCCGCGGAACAAGAAAGAUCGAGAAGAAGAAACGAAAAAGAAAGACAGAAAAUCAAAACGCGACAGCAGUGAGGAGAAGCCACGCAGAAAACGGCACGUUAGUUCAGAUACGGAAGAGGAAAAGAAAUACAAACGUAAACGUGGUAGAUCCGGCAGUUCCGAGGUUGAGAAGGUGAGGCGCUCUCGUAAAGAUGACUCGAGUGAUAGUGACGAGCCGAGAGUUGAAAAGAAAAGUAAGAAACGAGAUGACAGUUCCGACAUUGAUUCAGAGGUUGAGAAACCCGAAAAGGUAGAGAAGUCCAAGAAGCAUAAGAAAGAAUCGUCGUCCGAUAGCGAAGACGAUUCUAGUAAAAAGAAGAAGCAUAAGAAGGUUAAAGCGAGUAAGUCGGGUUCCGACUCGGAAGAAGAGUUAGAGAUAAAGAAAAGAAAAAAGGAUAAGAAACAUAAAAAACGAAAGAAGCACUCGAAGAAGCACAAGAAACAUAAGAAAAAGAAGGUAGAGUCCGACGAGUCUGAAAAUAGCGAUUUAGAAAUAAUAAACGAAGAUGAAAAGAAGCUGCGAGAAAAAGCUCUUAAGUCAAUGAAGAGGCUGAACUCCAGUGAUAAAUCUGAGUAAAAUAUUGUGCUAUAAUAAGAGAAAACUGCUACUUGAUUCUAGUAAUUUGAUUGUACAAUUAGUUUUUAUGUGUGGAUGUAAGUUUUUUUUGUCAUUCCGUAAAUUACUGACCCUGUCGAGUUAAUGUAUCGAAAGUAGGUACAUUGCACAUUCAAUUCAAAUAGAUAGUUUUGAUUUUAUAUUACUUAUUUUAUUGUACAAACAAUACGUAUUUCUUUCUGUACAGUUUGGAUCCAGUAUGUUUAUUAAAGACGAUUCUGUAUUGGCA